UCCUUUGAUGCCUCCCCCGCUUUGCUUUCGGCAGGAGCAACGCCAACGCCGUUGCCUUGGCCUCACACAAGGAACACCGGCGGCACGCACGCCCCCACAUAUACUCCUCCCCAGCCCCCGUGCUUGCAUGUGCACAAGAAACCUCCUUUCUUCUCACCACAGCAGCAAGGAAACCCGCCCUUCCACGCCCACAAAGAUCAGAUCAAUGGGUCAGGCCGUCACCAAGGCGAAGCAAGAGGCCGGGCGGGCGACGCAGAAGAACGACAAGGACGGCAAGGCUGUGGCCAACCAUAAUAACGCCAAGGAGCAGCUCAUCAAAUUUAUGGACAACAACUACGACGAAAAGGUCAAGCCUGCCAAAACCUUCAAUGAGUUUUACCACGCCAUCUUCGAGCUCAUCGAGAAUUCUCCUUUGAUUCCUAAGCCUUUACGGAUUAAAAGUUCAUGCAUGCGCAUAAACAGAAAGUUUUGUGAGAAACAAGGGCAGCUGCAGUACAGGAUGCCAACCAAAGAUGAACUCGAGAAAGAGUACAAGGCUCUUGGGGGAAAGAGGGACGGAGUAAACAUCACAAAGGAGCAGUUCCACAGGAUCACCGAGAACCUCGUCACGGUGAACAGCUUCAGCUUCGGCAAGGCCGCCUUCGACGUGCUCGUGGUCCUCUUCGGCGCGCCGAUGUGCGCGCUCCUCGUCAAGAGGGUCGUCCCGGGCCUCAAGUCCUUCUCCGACGACGUCGUCAUCCCGGUGGCCACCUCCGGCGCCGUCGUGUACCUGGCCAAGACCAACAAGCUGUGACCCGGCGGAUUAUAUACAAGUGUCACUGCUACUGCUAGCUUACCACGAGAAGAAAAAUAAUGAUGCAACUGUGUGGUGGCUCGAUCGCGUCCAGAUUGCAAAAUCUGUAAAAAGUAUCUGUAAAGAUGAUUGAAACUUUAGUGAUU